AUCCUAGGCAAGUUCUGUUGAGCCUGUAACCCUAGGGGGAUCUUACUAUAUUAGUGUAAUAUAUUCAAGUGUAUUUGCAUACAAAAAAGUUAGAAUACAGGAUAAAUUAAUGAGAGAUUAUUUCUCGGGAAUGAGAUUAAUGGAGAUUUAAACUUUGUACUUUUAUAUUUCUCUAUUAUUACCUUAAAAAAAACCCUCACUUAAAUUAUACCUUUAUAAUCGAAGGAAAAAGGUAAAGCUAUUCCAAUGGGAAAACACGGGCUAAUAUUAAUAAUUAAGUGGGUAAGCGACUGAUGUAUUUCCUUUUCACAUCUUAACCCUCAGCUUUCUAAUGAGCAUGAAUUGUUUUUUCCCAUACGAAAAUGUGUUUUAAUAAAUAAAAGAAACUCCCUUCAAACACAUUUCACUUCUGCAAAUAAAAAUAAACGCACAAAUUCUUCAACAUCGCAAGGAAAAAAUUGUUUAUUUCUAAAUCAAAUUUACACAGGAUUAGGAUUUAUUCAUUAAGCAAACACACAGGUGAGAAUAAACUGCCUACUGUCGGGUUAGAGAAAACUCUUGUUGUGGCUUUCUCGCUUAUUAUGUCAAUUUGAUUUUAAAAAUCUGUUUUUAAUAAAAGACAGUUUCAAGAAACCUGUAACUUUCGAAAACUUCUAAAAGACAAGGGAUGGGGCGGCUUAGCGCCUCCCGUCUCACUUGACCCUCCCAAACGAGGAAGCCAUCUUAAGCACCGCCUCAUAGAGGAAACUACAUCUCCCAGAAUCCUUGCGGCUUGCGUCGUGCUGGCACUUUUACUGGCAGGGUCUUAGAGCUGAGCCUGUAGCCGGGCGCCAUCUUUGACUCUGGCAGUCUUGGAUUUCUGCUGGUGUUGCUGCUGAGAAGACGGCGGGCGGCAGCGGCUAAGAAAGAAGAAAGACGUGGCAGCAAGCGGGAGUCGGGAAUAGUGUCGACGGUUCGGUAAAGUUUCUGUUCUCUGGGCCCCACUACUUGGGAGAUUUUCUCAAACUCCACACACAGAAAGCCACCGACCUUAUUCCGGUAUCCUACACCCCUUUCGUACCUUAAUUACACUUCCUACCCCCAGCCCUCAGCAUCGGAAUCAAGAACAACAGGGACACUUCCGUUCUUCUUGUGGGAUUGAUGAAACCGUAAUGAAGAACACCCCCUAAACUCCCAUAAUCGAUUUGGGGAUAUUCCCUGCCCAAAAAUUUCCUGGAAAAUUGACUAGUAUUAAGUGUGAGUAAAAGGUGUCCACUUUUUUUAAAGUUUUGAUUUUAGUUUUGUCUUGGAUAGUAUUUGGCAAGAUUUAGCCUAGAAAUUAUGUAGUAUUUAUUACAUGAGAGUCAAAAUUGCUUUGUUACUGGGCUGGUUUCAAAAUUUAGAACUCAUUUCUAUGUAUCAAAAUCGCUCUUCAUUUUUGUUUUUUUGAAAUUCUUAAAUGGUAAAUGUACCAUUGUGAAAUGAAAUUUCAACUCCAAAAGUUUACCCUUUUACUAACUGGAGUAAAUGGAUAAUUACAAGGUGUUUAGUUGUAGCCAUCACUAGUAAAGAAUUUGGAACUAGAUUGCGUAAGCCUUUGCAGGGCCACCAUUGAAUGUCACGCCAGUGACACGGGUGUUAUAAAAGAAGAAAAAAAAUCUUCCCUUAGAUAGAAACUUUCUGUAUUUUGACAGUGCCAGUUCAGGAUGGCUAUAAUGCUGCUCUGCCUUCUACAGCUUGCUGCACCACUCUGUAGUUACUCUGUAACUAUACAUUUCUAUCUUUUUUGGUUAAACACUCCCUGAAGAUGAUAAAAGAUGAUGUGACAAUAUACAUACAUCCAUAUUAUACACAUCGAUAGAUGUGUAAGGAUUUCCCUUCAUUUUUAUUUUGUGGGCUAGGCAAAAUUUAGUGUAACAUUAAAGUACUUCAUGAUACUUUGGUAUAAGAGGAAAUUCAUUAUUUUUAUAAUGACCCAAAUUUAAAGGCUUUUGUAGUGUAUUUUAAAAGGGAAAACUUACCCAGAUGUUUUAUUUCUACACAUUUGUGUACGUGUGUGUGUGUUUAUAAGCCAGUUAGUAUAUAUGUAUAUGUAUAUUAUACAUAAAACACUAUAUUUUUACAUACAAGUAUGUUUUUAUUAUACAGAUAAUAAAGAUGGGGGAAGGUUUCUGUUUUUUUCUUAAUAGGUGAAGAAAUCUUGAAGACCAGAAAUUGGAUCUUAUUGAAUUUUGGUGUUUUUUGGUUUUUUUAAAAAUUUUUUCUUUCUUUUUUCUUUUUAAAUUAAUUGUUCGGCUAUGGAAGAUUGAUCUUUUUUUCUUUUUGAUAAUCCUUUGAAUCUCAAGUUCAUCUUUAUAUGAACUCUUUUUUGUUGUUGUGUUUUUUUUUUUGUUUUUUUUUUUUUGAGGAGAUAACUAACCCUAGCUGUCUCCAGUUUGACAAAGGUUAUUUGAAUGGACUUAAACUCUCAGUAGUUGAGAGAUAUUUUAAAAACACAUCCUGUGUUUGAAUUGUGGCUGAGAGGUUUCCUUGGCAAUGUGAGGAGGAAAAUUCUUUCUGCCUCAUUAUUAUUAACUCAUGGAUUGAGUGUUGGUUCGACCUACAGGCGUAAUAAAUUGGAACUCAGUGAAGACACAGACAUUCCUGUUGAGAUCAACCAGCUAAUGAUUAACAUUUAAAAGACGAUUUCUGUGAUUGACUUGUCUUUUGGAAGAUUAAACCCAUAUCAAGAGGACUUGGAGCUGGUCCUCGCCUAAAGGAAGCAGUGGCUUAUUUUCAAAAAGCCACUUCUCAUCUAAGGAUCUACUCAGCAUGCCUAACCAAGGAGAAGACUGCUAUUUUUUUUUCUAUUCUACUUGUACUAAAGGUGACAGCUGUCCAUUCCGUCACUGUGAAGCUGCCCUGGGAAAUGAAACUGUUUGCACAUUAUGGCAAGAAGGGCGCUGUUUUCGACAGGUGUGCAGGUUUCGGCACAUGGAGAUUGAUAAAAAACGCAGUGAGAUUCCUUGUUAUUGGGAAAAUCAGCCAAUGGGAUGUCAGAAACUAAACUGUGCUUUCCAUCACAACAGAGGACGUUAUGUUGAUGGCCUUUUCCUACCUCCAAGCAAAACUGUGCUGCCCACUGUGCCUGAGUCACCAGAAGAGGAAGUGAAAGCUAGCCAGCUCACAGUUCAGCAGAGCAAAUUAUCUGUUCAGUCUAAUCCCUCUCCUCAGCUGCGAAGUGUUAUGAAAGUAGAAAGUUCAGAAAACGUCCCCAGCCCUACACACCCACCAGUGGUGAUCAAUGCUGCAGACGAUGACGAAGACGAUGACGAUCAGUUUUCUGAGGAAGGUGAUGAAACCAAAACACCUACCCUGCAACCAACUCUCGAAGUUCAUAAUGGAUUACGAAUGACUUCUACCCGGAAACCUGGGGUCAAUUUAAAACAAGGUGAAAGUUUGAAUUUUGGAAUAAAAACUCUUGAAGAAAUUAAAUCAAAGAAAAUGAAGGAAAAAUCAAAGAAGCAAGGUGAAGGUUCUUCUGGAGUUUCUAGUCUUUUACUCCAAUCACAGCCCAUGCCAGGUCCUGAAAAAGAGAAUGUCCGGACUGUGGUGAGGACAGUAACUCUGUCCAACAAGCAAGGGGACGAACCUCUGGUAAGAUUGAGUCUAACCGAGAGACUGGGGAAACGAAAAUUUUCAGUAGGUGGUGACAGUGAUCCUCCAUUAAAGCGUAGCCUUGCACAAAGGCUAGGGAAGAAAAUCGAAGCUCCAGAGACGAACACUGACAAAGCACCAAAGAAAGUCCAAGUUUCCAAGUCUCUGAAGGAGCGAUUAGGCAUGUCGACUGCUCCAAACAGUGAGGAAGCAGCAGAGAAAGUUACUAAAGUUGGUGAGAUCCAUGUGAAGACAUUAGAAGAAAUUCUUCUUGAAAGAGCCAGUCAGAAACGUGGAGAAUUGCAAACUAAACUCAAGACAGAAGGACCUUCAAAAGUUGAUGAUUCUACAUCAGGAGCAAGAACCUCCUCCACCAUCCGAAUCAAAACGUUCUCCGAGGUCUUGGCUGAAAAGAAGCACCGGCAGCAGGAAGCAGAGAGACAGAAGGGCAAAAAGGACAUGAGCUGUGUCAAGCUAAAGACUGACAGUGAGAUGAAAAAAACGGUGAUUUUGCCACCCGCUGCCGCCAGCAGAGGGCAGUCCGAGGAACCUGCAGGUAGGGCAAAGUCUAUGCAGGACGUGCACAUCAAGACGCUGGAGGAAAUUAAACUGGAGAAGGCUCUCCGCGUGCAGCAGGGCCCCGAGAGCAGCACCGGCUCCCCGCCGCAGCCGGAGGCCACGCCGGCGGCAAAGCGGCUUCUCCGGAUCGCCAAGAAAACAGGUAUACAAGAAGAGAAGAAGCUCCAAGAAGAAAGUGAUGUUGCUUCUCAGAGCAGUGUUUCUAGAGCAGAAGCUAAAAAGGCUUCAGAUGAGACCACAACAGUUGGCAUGACUAAAAUUCAAGUCAAGAGAUGUAAGACAAUGAGAGAAAAGUAUGUGCCGAAACUGCCAGAGAAGGGAGCCUCACAGAAGGAAAAAUCAAUUUUGACACCCUUUCGGGGAGAUUUACUCUCUUACACUACCGAGUUAGCAGAGAAACCCGUGCUCACCACCGUGCUAGGCAUCACACAGCACCUGACUAAACGGCUUCCUUCAAAGUCAUCCCAGAAGGCAAAGGUGGAAACCUCAGGGAUUGGGGACUCAAUAUUGAAUAUGAAGUGUGCAACACAGCCCUUGGAAAAGCGAAGUAAAGCUAAACCUAAAGUGAAUGUGAAGCCAUCUGUGGUUAAAGUUGUCUCAUCACCCAAGUUGGCCCCAAAACGUAAGGCGAUGGAGGUCCACCCUUCUGUCAUUGCAGCUGUGAAGCCACUCAACUCCAGCAGUGUCCUGCAGGAAAGCCCAGCCAAAAAAGCAGCUGUGGCUAUUGUCCCACUUCUUUCUGAGGACAAAUCAGUCAUUGUGCCUGAGACAGAAAAACCUAGAGACAGUUUUCUACCGCCUCCAGCCCAGUCCUCUGCAGAGCCCCCCACCCCGGAAGCAUCUGGCCCUUCCUCGUCCCAGAUGGCCACAAAAACGCGCCGACUCAGCUCUGCCUCAACGGGAAAGCCCCCGCUUUCUAUGGAGGAUGAUUUUGAGAAACUGAUAUGGGAGAUUUCAGGAGGCAAAUUAGAAGCUGAGAUUGACCUGGAUCCUGGGAAGGAUGAAGAUGACCUUCUGCUUGAGCUAUCAGAAAUGAUUGAUAGCUGAAGAUGGUAGUAGAACAUUUAAAGCAGAACAGACAAACAAACAAACUCACCAAAAAACUGGACUUAGUUUCAUCUGUUAUAACAUUUAUCUAAAAUGAUGAUUUCUGUAGUCUAGAAUUUGCCCCAGAUCAGAAGUGUACCUCUGAAUUAUCCACAUGUGUCCUGGAUUCCUUGGGGUCAGAUUUUUAAAUCCCUUGGUAAUCAUUUUGUCUAUUUGAUGCCAUUGUUCAGCAUCUUCGAGAAAAAAGUUCUGUCUUACCCCUCUCCACAAAAAGGCUGAGUGGGAGACCUAAGUGAAAAGGUGCAAGAAAACUUAGUGACUCCUUGAGGUAUUUGUCAGUUUUUACCUCUUUUUUCCCUUUAUUGUAUAAUUUCUUUUAUCUAUUGUCUUAAUGUACCUGUUGUUAACCUGAGUUUGAAAAGGGUGAAGAUGGCUGCUACCAUUAAGGACCAAAUUUCAUGCCACCACUAAAAAAAAUCCACUCAGUCUGUGUUAAAUUGUAUGUCUUUUUAAAGGUAUUUGGAGAAUUCAACUAAGCUUUUAGAAACAGCUGAGCAGCUCAGGAAACCUGUAAUCUGGACAUAACUUUUUGGACCUGAUUUUCAUGCUUCUGCUCUGUAAGCCUCUGAAGGGCAAUAGCUAAUUUAUUAUUACUGUAAUUUUUCAAGGCUUUAAAGUGCCUCAGGGGUCCUCUGAAACUAAUUUUCUAUUUCUGGGAUUCCCUGGAUUCUUAAAAAGAGAUGGUGACAUAAUGAUUACAGGAAUUUUUUUUUUAGCAACAAAGUUGUCCCUUCUCUUCUUCAGUACUUGCUUCCUUACUAGUGUUGUAUUAUCACAGGGAUAGAAAUUGGUUAAUUUUUUUGAUUUCUAAUUCUCCUUGCAAACUCCUUUUGCCCAAUAUUUAUUUGGUGCCCUUUACCCAUAUGAGGGGGAAGAACAAGCUCACUCAAGCUGCCCUUACUUAUCCAUGGACUACAGCAGUACCCGGAAUCGUACUGUAGCAGGAGUUACCAAGAUGCCCUGGGGGUGUAUUGUAUGCCUUCCGGUUUUCUUCAUUUCUGAAUUGAAUUUUCUUUUAUUGAUGUUGAUCUCCUUCAUAUCACCUCAAGGUUUAGACUUGUGAAGGAACAAAUACGAUGGGGAUAAUAGUCUUGAAAGGAGACAUAUUGUACAUAAUCAAAAGGAAGAGGAAAGGACCUGCCCAUUUUGAUACUUUGCUGUAGGUGGCCAGUUUUGUUUCUCAUAGGGAAAUCUGACCCACCUGUCAUGUUGGCUCCUAAGGAACUGCUGUUGUAAGCGGCUCAUCAAGAGUUGAACCUCAUGUAGCCUUGUUGGGAAUAUGAAAAGGAAGAAAGCCACAGGACUGCCCAAUUCAGUCUUGGGAAGAUCUGGAUGAUUCUACACAAGCAAAAAUGACUUGAAAUUUAUGUAUAGAUACUUAUCUACCAGUCCAUCUUCAGCUGACUGAAUGUUGUCUAAUAGCCCUUCUCCAAAGCAGGGGUGAAAUGUUCUGGUUUCACCACAGAUUUUCUACUCAUUUCAUUUUUGGAAUUGGCUUGUAGAUUCCAGGUCCCUUUUGUAUAUAACCUUUUUUCUUUUGCUUUUUUAAAAAAACAAUUUUGUUUCAUAUUUAAAGUCUUGUGUUAGACAGUGAUUCAUGUUCACCAUUAUUUGAACAGUUUGCCAUUACAGCAAGAUAAAUACUUAUUUGUGUUUUAAAUAAAACUGGUGUAGGAACACCUUGAUGUUGUGAGUUAAGUAGUCGUAUAUCACUUCAGGCUGAGAUCUGCCUCAAUAGAGGCCCAAUUAGAAUGUUGUUGAACCUUUGUGUACGUGAUCCAGUUUCACAGAUUGUAUUUGUCUUUAGAAACCUUUUACAAGGACACACUGCCAAACUUCUCCAUGUCAGGAUUUUUUUCUGACAGUGAUGCUUACCCAUUAUUAUUCUAACUCAAGUAAUCUCAUUAAUUCUUUUAAAGAAGAGAGGGUUUAGAAAUGAUCUUAGAUGGCUUCAGCAAUUUAGAAUUUUCAAGCAUGAACGCAUAUAUGAAAUUUUUAGUUCAGGGAAGUCCAGUUUUUUGUUAUGGAAAUACACAUAAAUUUGUUAACCACCAAAGAAUAUAGGCCUUCCCAGAUGGCGCAGUGGUAAAGUAUCUGCCUGCCAAUCAGUUCUUGGGUUGGGAAGAUCCCCUGGAGUAGGAAAUCGCAACCUGCUCCAGUGUUUUUGCCUGGAAAAUUGAGUGGACAGAGGAGCCUGCUGGGCCAGGGUCCGCGGCAUUGCAGAGACAUGACUGAGCACACACACAAUAUAAAUUUUUCCACAUAGCCUAAAAGUCGUCCCCAACAAAUUGAAUCAACUUUUCCCAGAAAGCAAAAGAUUGCAUAUUCAGUUUUGAGUGAUGAUGAUUUUCAGUUUUAACAGGAAAAAGGUCCAGAUGUACAAUUUGGCCAUAGCCAGAGAUUUCAAAAUAACUUGCAGCUUGUGUGUUUGUCUCAAUAAAUGAUCCCUCAAAGUUCUGGCCUUAACCUCAAAUUCCAGUAGUCCUCUCUCAUAUGGCCAGAACAUAAUUUAUGUUCCUCAUGGCCAGUCUUUGGUCAGUGUUUAAAUACAGUUUCAGAAAUAAAGCUUGUUCUCUAUACUGGUCAAAGUUUUAUGAUCCUUUUCUAAAAUUGUGGCUUCAUUUUGCCAGAAUAUUUCUGCAGUUCUUUAAAAUAUUUGCUUUGUCAGGAGCCAAGAGGAACUGUGUGGUCUUCAGUUGCUAUGUAACACCACUUUAAACUAGCUAACAUGUACUGAGUACUUAUUAUGUGCCUGUUAAUUCACAUAUCUGUUUGACAUUCAUCCUAUACUGCAUUGGAAGAUUACUGCUUUUUAUCCCCACUGUAGUGUCAAAAUCAGUAUUUUCAGAUAUAACAAUAAGAAAGUAUAUUUUUUAUCUGCAAUUGGGUUUGAUUUGUUGAACCUUUCAAGAACUUGAUUAAAUCAGAUCUUUGAAAGCUGCUGAAUAAAUAUAUGGAAGUAUCCACAGGUUAUA